AGUAUGUCGACCUCACAGUUUCAGAUAUAUUUCUGGUGCUUUCUCCUAUUUGCCAAUAUUGGUAUAUCCACAUCCUUACCUCUGGAAAGAGAUGCACUCCUCAAUGUCAAAAGUCAUCUACAUGAUCCACAAAAUUACCUAAUCAACUGGGAUCAAUCUCACUCACACUGUGAAUUUUACGGUGUAACGUGUGAUAAAAUUUCUGGUGAGGUCACUGGAGUAUCACUCUCAAAUGCCUCACUAUCAGGCACAAUAUCGCCAUCAUUUUCUAUUCUCCGCCAAUUAAAUACUUUGGACCUCAGUGCAAAUUCCAUCUCAGGCAUUAUUCCUGGUACACUGACUAACUGCACAAAUUUGCAAGUUCUUAAUUUGUCAGUGAACAGUUUGGCAGGCCAAUUGCCCAAUCUUUCAUCAUUGCUCAAACUAAAAGUUCUUGAUUUAUCAACAAAUAGUUUUUCUGGUGCCUUCCCUAUAUGGAUCAGCAAACUAUCAGGCUUAACUGAACUAGGCCUAGGAGAGAACAAUUUCGAUGAAGAUUAUGUUCCUGAAAGCAUUGGACUCCUGAAGAAUCUGACAUGGCUAUUUUUGGGGCAAUGCAACCUUAGAGGAGAGAUACCAGCUUCAGUUUUUGACUUGGACUCACUUGGGACUCUGGACUUCUCACGCAAUCAAAUGACCGGUGUGUUCCCGAAGGCCAUAUCCAACUUGCGCAACCUGUGGAAGAUUGAGCUCUACCAGAACAACCUGACUGGUGAAAUUCCUCCUGAGCUUGCACAGCUGACGUUGUUAUCUGAAUUUGAUGUGUCUCAGAAUCAGCUUAGUGGUGUACUGCCCAAGGAAAUCGUUAGACUGAAGAAGCUUAAGGUCUUCCAUAUAUACAGGAACAACUUUCAUGGUGAGCUCCCUGAAGGACUUGGGGACCUGCAGUUUCUUGAGUCAUUUUCAACCUAUGAAAAUCAGUUCGCAGGAAAGUUCCCUGCCAACCUUGGCCGGUUCUCACCACUCAAUGCAAUUGACAUAUCAGAGAACUAUUUUUCUGGUGAGUUUCCAAAGUUCAUGUGCCAAAACAACAAUCUGCAGUUCUUGCUGGCUUUGAGCAACAACUUCUCAGGUGAAUUUCCCAGCUCUUACACUUCUUGCAAGACACUGGAGAGGUUUAGAGUAAGUCAAAAUCAGUUCAAUGGGAGCAUUCCUCAUGGUAUGUGGGGAUUGCCUAAUGCUGUGAUAAUUGAUGUUGCUGACAAUGGAUUUGUUGGAGGUAUAUCUUCUGAUAUAGGCAUUUCAGCCAAUCUAAAUCAGUUGCUUGUUCAGAACAACAACUUAUCUAGUAAACUUCCAAUUGAGUUGGGAAAUCUCUCUCAGCUGCAGAAGCUAGAUGCUUCCAACAACAGAUUCUCAGGCCAAAUCCCUGCACAGAUUGGUAAUCUGAAGCAACUUUCAUACCUGAAUUUGGAGCAAAAUGCACUGGAAGAGUCAAUACCAGCAGAACUUGGUCUCUGCAACAGCCUAAUUGACCUUAAUCUUGCAGAGAAUUCUUUGUCUGGCAAAAUUGCAGACACACUUGGCUCCCUUUUGGUGCUGAAUUUACUCAACCUAUCUCAUAACAUGAUCUCUGGUGAAAUCCCUGGAGGACUGCAGUCGUUGAAGCUAAGUUAUGUUGAUUACUCUCACAACAAUUUGUCUGGACCAAUCUCUCCGCAGUUCUUGAUGGUAGCUGGAGAUGAUGCAUUUUCUGAAAAUUCUGACCUUUGUGUCAACGACACUUCAGAAGGUUGGCGGAAAUCUGUCACCAGUUUACCUUCUUGCCAAUGGACCGACAACCAUCAUAACUUCUCACGGAGACGGUUUUUUGCUGUGCUGAUCAUGGUGUCAUCUUUGGCUGUUCUCCUAUCUUCAUUGGCAUGUCUGAGAUAUGAAAAUAACAGGCUUGAGGUUUUCAACAGAAAGCAAGACACCUGAGAGUGGUGAUGACAGUGUCUCAAAGUGGGUUGUCGAGUCCUUCCAUCCCCCAGAAGGCAUUCAAUCAGCUGCUCUGCCAGUUCCUAGGGUUACAUAGC